AUGCGUCGCCUGCAGCCUCUGCUGCCGCCUCUGCUGUUGCUGCUUCUCGCGGCGCUUUCAGCCUCCGCCACCAGCACAUUCCAGCCCGACUGGAACCGUCUGCGCGGCCUGGCUCGGGCCCGGGUAGAGACCUGUGGGGGAUGACAGCUGAACCGCCUGAAGGAGGUGAAGGCCUUCGUCACCCAGGAUAUCCCUUUAUAUCACAACCUGGUGAUGAAACACCUCCCGGGAGCCGACCCAGAACUCGUGCUGCUGGACCAACGCUACAAGGAACUGGAGCGCAUCCCUCUGAGCGAAAUGACCCGUGAAGAGAUCAACGCGCUGGUGCAGGAGCUCGGCUUCUACCGCAAGGCGGCGCCCGACGCGCCCGUGCCCCCCGAAUACAUGCAGGCGCCCGCCAGACCAGCGGAGGGCGCUGCAGACCCGGACCACGCCGACCUCUAG